GGUUAUCAGCCAGUUUAAUAAGAUAUAGGAUUUUAUAAUAACGUACUUUUUAAAAAGUAUCUAAAGAACUCAAGAAAAAUUGAUACUGAGAAAGUUAACAAAAACCCUUCUUUAACACCUCACAUAAACUCAUGCUUUUUUGUCCAUAAAAGUGGAUAAACUUCCUGUAGGUCAGCAGUGUUAAGUAACUGUUUAAAGUGUAAACAGUUCACACUGAGCAGACAUCACAUUUUCAUCACUAUCCUUGAUUAAAAUGAAAGUUUAGAAGUGCCAGUUGACAAGAGUGUCUUCCUGUGGCCUUCAGAUACUGUAUGUGCAGUCUGAGAAGCCUUAUGUUUUCAUCUGCAUCUCACUGUGGGCAGGAGAGCAGUGGAAGAUGAGAACUAGAAGGGAUUUGAACGUCCUCUGGCCCAUCAUUUUUAAAGAGCUUUCCUUUUUAAAAAAUUUUUUCAAGACAGGAUUUCUCUGUGAAAGAGUCCUGGCUGUCCUAGAACUCACUCUGUAGACCAGGCUGGCCUUGAACUCACAGUCACAGAGCUCCACCGCCCCCCGGCUGAACUUUCCCUUUCAUAAUGUAACACUUGUGUUGUAACUGCCUGUGCUGUCUGUCUUGUGGCUUACUUAAAUGUAGUCUACAUGUAAAGAAGUUUUUGGUACUCUAUUGUUAUUUGAACUCUGAUUUUUAAGUCUUCUUCUAGUUUUAAUAAUGUGUGCAUGGUACUUACACUUGUCAGUGGUGUUUGUUAGAGAAGAAGUUUAUCAUGUUAAUGCAGGUGCAUACUCACUUUAUACAAAACAGAAACGUUGUCCUAAGUUGUCUUAGGAGCCUAAGAUCACAGAAUUUAAACACCAGGCACAUAAUUUUUCAGGUAGGGUUCCUCCUGGCUGCAGUUGGCUACCUGUUCUUUGUGUCCUCAUGGGACCUUUCCUGUGUGUGACUUAAUGCUAGUGUUGGUUCUUUCAGUAGGACACCAGUCCUGCUGGAUUAGGACCUCAUGUUGGUGACUUCAUUAACCUUAAUUGCCUCCUAAGGGCUCUGUCUCCAAGUAUACGAUUAGGGCUUCCACAUAAGAUUUGGACUGGCAUGAAGCUAAGGUUACUGUAAUGUGUAUUUUCCUCACGGAGUGCUUUUGAAGCAGGUGAAAUAGAUAUUUCAGUUCAGACUCCUACUUGUUCACUUUGACCAUAAGCAAAUUUCUGGACUAAGUUGUAGGACUAGACGACAGAGGUACUUUUCAUAUUCUAAGUGUAUGCGGUUAUAAAUAGUGAAUGUUUUCUGUCUGUAGAUAGUUGGGUCUAGGUACCGUGGAGGAUACCCAAGUCAUCCCUACCUCUCAGAUGCCUCCACAUCUGGAGAGGAGCAUAAGGACUAUUAUGACAUUUUUGUACAUCUUUAGAUACAGUGAACGGUGCCGGCAGUGAAAGCUAGAGAAGUUCAGAGAAGGGGAAAUCUUUCUGAGAAAGAAUGAAUGAGGAAAGGAGCGGACCUCUGGGGUGUGUUUGGAGAAGGAAUUGUGGAGAGUUUAAUUCAUGCAUGGGAGCAUUUACUUCUGCAACCAAAGACCAAAGGAGAAAAGGGAAAUUGUGGACAGUAUGGGAAAGUUAUCCCAGCAAGUGCUGUUAUAUUUGGGAUGGCAAUAGAGUGUGCAGAGAUCCGAAGACAUCACAGGGUGGGCACUAAGGACAUUGCUGGUGUCCAUUUGCCAGCAAAUGUGAAGUUUCAGAGCCCAACCUACUCUGCUGUAGAUAGGGGAGAAGCAGUUGAACCAUACACAACGGAGAUGAUGAGUUGGAUCCCUGGAGGGUAUUUGCCUCUGACAGAGUGCUUUGAAAUUAUGAAAGUGGAUUUCAACAGUCUUCAGGAAUUAAGGGGUCUUGCAGCUAAAGAGCCGCAUCCUCUCCGCAUUCCUGCUGUUAAAGAAGGCCUGCUGGACGCUGUUAUGGUUUGGUUUGUUCUCCAGCUGGAUGACGAACACAGUCUGUCCACAAGUCCUGCUGAGGAGACCUGUUGGGAACAGGCUGUUUAUCCAGUACAGGCCCUUGCAGACUACUGGAUAAAGCCUGGGGACCGUGUGACAAUGGAAGCAUCUUGUCAGGAUUGUUACCUGAGAAUCCAGAGCAUCAAUAUCUUGCAUUUGGAACACGAAAUGGAAGUUAUACACAAUUGUACCGAGAGUAGAGACCCCCUCUCUCUAGGGAAUGAGGCUGAGCUCUGCAGUGCUCUAGCUAACCUUCAGACCAGCAGAGCUGACGCUCUGCAGCAGACCUGCGUGUUAGAACCUACAGAGAUUGCUUUGCUCAAUAACAUUCCCUAUCAUGAAGGCUUUAAGAUGGCGAUGAGGAGGGUGUUGUCUUCACUGGCCCCAGAGAAGCUGUGCCAGCCCGUGGAUCCUCCCUGUCAGGAUACUGAGAUGAACUCUGGAAGUGGACAGAGCGCAGCUGCGCCGAGCACCUCUGACCCUUUCUAUGUGUUGGAUGUGUCUGAAGGCUUCUCUCUUUUGCCUGUAAUUGCUGGAACACUUGGUGAGGUUAAGCCCUACAGUUCUGUGGAGAAAGACCAGCAUUGUGUCACUUUGGACCUCAUAUCUGAAGCCAAUCACUUCCCUAAGGAAACACUUGAGUUUUGGCUGAGACAUACAGAGGAUGAAGCUGCUGUGUUACAAAGGCCCAAAUCAGACAAAUUGUGGAGCAUAAUUAUAUUAGAUGUCAUUGAGCCAUCUGGGCUCAUUCAGCAGGAAAUAAUGGAAAAAGCUGCAAUAUCCAGGUGUUUGUUGCAGUCUGGAGGCAAGAUCUUCCCCCAGUAUGUGCUAAUGUUCGGGAUGCUCGUGGAGUCUCAGACACUGGUAGAAGAGAGUGCGGUUCAAGGAACAGAGCAUACGCUCGGGUUAAACAUAGCGCCUUUUAUUAACCAGUUUCAGGUGCCUAUCCGUGUAUUUCUGGAUUUAUCUUCAUUGCCAUGUAUCCCUUUAAGCCAGCCAGUGGAACUCUUAAGAUUAGAUCUGAUGACUCCGUAUUUGAACACUUCCAGUAGAGAAGUAAAGGUCCGCAUUUGUAGAUCUGGACGAGUGACCGCGGUCCCAUUUUGGUUUCAUUUGUGCCUUGAUGAUGAAGUCAGGUUGGACACCUCAGGCGAAGCCUCCCACUGGAAACAAGCUGCCGUGGUCCUGGAUAACCCCAUCCGGGUGCAAGUGGGGGAGGAGCUUGUGCUCAGUGUUGAGCAUCACAAAAGCAAUGUCAGCAUCACAGUGAAGCAGUGGGCCAGACUCUAAUCGUAAAGCGAGUGUGUAACAUCCUUGUCAUGGUCAAGAAUGGCUAAGGGUGGCUUGAGUAACCAUGGUAAUAAAGCACAUGGUGACAGCCUU